AUGCGGCUGCUGUCAAGUUCUACUGGGCCUUCGAAUACCGGUCACCGUCGAAAUACCAAUGGGUGCGAUGUCUAUGUUAAUGCUGCUGUAUUCAGCCCUGACGGCACGGUUUUCGCCACAAUUUUUAGUGAUGCACGUAUAGAGGUUUAUCCGCUAGGACAUACGGAAGAUGAAUUUAUUGGUUGCAAAGAAGUGGAACCUACCACUAACCAACAUACCACAUUGUCACCCAUAUUAAAUAUAUGCUGCCAUGACGAUAGAGAACCGGAUUCGUGCUGUUUCCUAGGCGUCUCACGAGGGAGCCCGAUUCAACUUUACGACACGCAAAGAGGCCAGCGCCAUUUUACUUAUAAACCUAGUAACUUGCGUGAAGAAAUGGUGGAAACCUAUUCCUUGGACUUCCACCCACUAGGUAAAUACUUUAUAGGAGGCAGCAGGGGUUCAAUCCACAUCUUUGACAUUGAAACUCCUGGUAAUAACAUUGAGAUGCGUACGUUGUAUACAAAUCGUGGAAAAAAAUUCGGGAUCGUGUCGACAAUUAAUCACAAUCCACAUACUGACACUGUUUACGCUUGUGGAGACUACAACUGUCUAGUCGGAGUUUUCGAUCACAACGAAUCGAGACAAAGAAGCAUAUUCGACUCUUUUGUUGAUGAUGAGCACCAAAUGGGUCCUAUAACUCAGUUGAAAUGGUUGAGUGAGACUCUCCUCUUGGUUGGAUGCCGGGCCGACAUCUAUUUACGGGCAUAUGACAUUCGAGGGAACACCCGAAUCCCCCUAAUGCGUUACAAAAGAGCUGCUAAAACUAAUCAGAAAAUUUCAUUCGAUACAAGUGACUGUGCUGUUGUAUCAGGUACAUCGGAUGGAGACGUUGUUGCCUAUGAUAUCUCUACUGGGGAACUCAAAAUAGAAACCAAGAUAGCCAAAACAGUGGUAUCUAGCGCCAACUUGCAUCCCACAUUGCCCUUACUCCUCACCUCCAGCGGUACGAGGGUUUUCCGGUCUCAGGUCGAUCAACUCGAUGACUCGUUGCACGAGUCAUCUAUACAACUGUGGCACAUCACGCAGAAAGGGAAUUUAUUUACAUAUUACAACCGUAUAGCCCAUGAGCACAUUCAUGGUAGCACAUUUUAA